CAUACGGUAGUUGAUUAGGCUACUUCCGGUUGUCUUGAUGUUUAUUAGGCUAAUGCUGGUUAUUAUGUAGCGCGCCGCCGCCCUGCGCGUGCACCGAGUAAGCAGGAGGUGAGCUCGUGCGGCUGCACUGUUGUGAAUGUGAGAUUGAGUCGGGCAGCUCUCUGUCUGUCUGUCUGUCUGUCUCUCUCUCUGUCUGUCUCUCUCUCUGUCUGUCUGUCUCCUCACUCAAAGCACAGAGGCGGCAGAGAAAAGCAUGGGCUGUCACAAUAGCAAAGUGUGUGUCCACGUCCGUCGUAAAAAGAAAAAACAAGCAAAGAAUGAAACCCAUCUAAAGGAGAUCAGCAGUACUCAUGAUGGAAGUGGAACAUGCACAUCUGAGGAGAAGGACUCUGGUCCAGAGUCACAGCUGGAAAAGUAUGAGUGGCAGCUGAAAAUCUUGGAUGAGGUCCUAGCAACUUCAGGAAGUGAAGAGCGAGACCAACUUCUGAAGGAUCAUCAGCACGGAGACAUCUGCAUGCUCGUGCACACGAUCACUGAGAUGGUGAAGUCAGAGACAGCUGCUGAGCUCAGUGCUGUUCAUGAGAACCAGAUAAAGAGUUCUGCAGAACAGCACCAGAGAGAAGUGGAAGAUAUGAAAAGCCUUCACAAUGAAGAGAAGAAUGCAUUGCAGGAAACGCACACAGCAGUUGAAAGUGCUCUAAAGGAGCAGAUUGAGCAACUGACAGCAGACCUGAAGCUGUUCACAGAGUUAAAGCAGCGAGUAAAGGAGUCCACGCUGAAAAGAGACCUUCAAAGAAACAUACAAACUCAUGGCAGCCCGGGUGAAUUCUGGGAGCAGGAACAAGAGAGUCUGCUAAUUGUCAUAGAGAUGAAGCACGAGCGUUUACAGGAGCAGGGAAACAAGCUGCGGCAGAUGGAGGCCCUGGUUGAAAAGAACCUGGCGCUGGAAGACCAGGUCCGACAGGUUCUACAGCAGAAUGAGGACCUCAGAGUUCGAAUAGACAAUUAUCAAACACUAAUACACCAACUGUCCAAGGAGCAGAAUGAGCUGCAGGAGGCGCUGGAGAAGCAAACAUUGCAGUGCCAGAAACUCAGUCAGGAGAAAGAGGAGUUGCUCUUUAAACUCCUGCACAAACGAGACUCCUGCUCAUCUUUUCACAUACCUGCCGUAGUGCCUGCUGAAGUUUCUCCAAGCUGACCUGGUCUCAGCUCCACCACCUCACACACUGGACUCCACUCACCACAGCCUUGUGUAUUUAGAUUCCAGAGUUAAGCAGCCUGUGCCUCUCAGUUUUAGCCUGCUGCUGGUUUCUUUCCAAAUAACUGUUUUAAGGAAACUGUGGUUUUAUGUCCUGUUAAGUGACUUGUUACGUGAGUUUUUGGAUGUACUCAACCACUGUGUCACAGUUAGGAAAUAUAUAUUUUAGUUUGGUUUUAUUUUUUUUUAUUUUAAUCUCAGUACCAGUAAUACAUUUCAUUUUGGAAUAACAGUGGAUCAAUCUACAUUAUACUGUAUGUGUGUUUUUAUGUUAUUGUACAGUCCAGGGUUUGCUGAGGAAUUUAAAAUAUGUUUUCCCAGCAUGCCUGAUCCAACCCAUGAAGGAUUUGAUAAUGAUUAGUUGGAUGAGGUGUGCUGGUAGUUAAAUCUCCACUGUGCAAGGCAGAGGUUUCUGAGGCACUGGAGUGAUAACCAAUGCUUUGUGAUAUGUUACUGGGAAAUGUAUACCACGUCGUUAUGGUUAUAUUUAUCAUAAUGUACUGAUUGUUCCAGGAAACUGACAUCAGAUGAUGCAUUCUGGUGUUUUGGGGGUUUUUUUGUUCGUUUGGUUGUUUUCUUUCCUCUCUGCCCCAAUGGUCUCUUCUCCCCCCCCCCCCCCCCUUUUUUUUUUUUAAUAACCGUACAAAAGCCAAAGCACUUGUAAGUGUACUUUAAAGCAGUGGAAUUUUUUUUUCCUGCUUUUCAGAUGCACUAGCACUUUUUUACAACAGUAUUCAUGUAUAUGUAUGUAUUUGUAUGAGGAAGACUGUGGGCUUUUGUAAGUUGUUAGCACAUGUAAGACCGGUUUGUUUGCAUGCUUGCGUUUGGACAAGAUCAUUAGUGUAAAUUCUGAGCGCAUUGAAACAAUUGAGUCACUGUUUUGGGUCUUUUAGCAAGUGUAACACUGUCAGCUAAGAGAAAAUCAAACUUUACAAGAUGUGGAGAGCAGUGUUUGUGCAGAUGCUAAAGGACCACUGCUGUAGAUUUGUGUUCAGAUGUUGCUCAGGGUGAAGAUGUGUUGGCUAUAUUGUCCACUCUUUGUGGCCUAUUUUCAUGUUCUGUUUUACCUCUGAAACAAGUGCCUUUUUUUUUGCUAGAGCUUCACCAAGAAAGGCGCAAUAAAAGCUACAUCUGAGGGA